CUUCCUCAUUGGCCAUCCUUCGUCUUCCAUGGAGAGGCUCCUUGCCGGCCUACUACUCGGCUUCCUAUUAUUGAUCGCGUCAGUAGGAAGCCAUGCAACUCGUGCUCCAGAUCAGUACUGGAAGUCUGCUCUUCCCGACACUCCCAUGCCGAGCUCCCUCUCCCAACUCCUCAACACCCCAGCUGGCAAGGGCGGCGUCGGUGGAGGCAGCAGCGGCAAGAAGCCCGGCGGCACCACGGUGGGAGUUGGGAAAGGGGGAGUGGGCGUUAACGUUAACCCUACCAAACCCGGCGGCGCCGGUACAACCGUUGGCGUUGGCAAAGGUGGCGUCGGCGUCGGCGUCAAUCCCGGGUACGGCAAGCCGGGUGGCACCACGGUGGGCGUUGGCAAGGGCAGGGUUGGCGUCCACGUGAACCCGGGCAAGAAGCCCGUCCACGUCCCCGUCGGCCCUUUCCAGUACGAGUACGCCGCAUCGGAGACGCAGUUGCACGACGACCCCAGCGUGGCGCUCUUCUUCCGAGAGGAGGACCUGCAGCCCGGUAAGAAGACGACCGUCCAGUUCGCCAACACCGCGAUGGCCGGCGCCAAGUUCCUCCCGCGAAGCGAUGCCGAGGCCAUCCCGUUCUCCUCCGAGAAGGUCCCCGAGAUCCUCGGCCGCUUCUCGGUGGACCCGGACUCCGUGGAGGCGGCGGAGAUGGCGCAGACGCUGCACGACUGCGAGGCGCCCGCGGCCAGGGGCGAGAGGAAGGCGUGCGCCACGUCGCUGGAAUCCAUGGUGGACUUUGCCACCGCCAGCCUCGGGACCAGCCACGUGAGGGCCGCGUCGACGGUCGUGGGGAGGGAGGGCUCGCCGAGGCAGGAGUACACCGUGACAGGCGUGAAGCGGGCGGGCGGCGGGCGCCUGGUGGCCUGCCACGCGGAGCCGUACGCGUACGCCGUGUUCGCGUGCCACUUGACGCAGCAGACGCGGGCGUACUCGGUGUCGAUGCUGGGCAGGGACGGCACGGCCGUGGACGCUGUCGCGGUGUGCCACGCCGACACGUCCGGCUGGAACCCCAAGCACGUCGCGUUCCAGGUGCUCAGGGUGAAGCCCGGCACGGUGCCGAUCUGCCACUUCCUGCCGCAGGACCACGUCGUCUGGACCCGCGGCGGCUGAGAGUGGUCGCCGUUUGCAUGCACUGGUCAUGACGCCGCCGUUUGCUUAGAUUAUGUUUGUAUAGUUUCGAAUAAUCAGACAUCUCUGUUACUUCUGCUAGCUCUCAGGCUAAGCAAGCUUCUAAUUGAUCUCCGACGACGCUUGUUGGAUCU